AUGACAGUGCCGAUAAUUGAUCCAGCUAUGCUUGCGCUUCCUCCAAUGCCAGUAUCGGCAACAAGCACACAUGCUCUUGCUCCCAUCACUGAACCAUUUCCUUUCCCAGCUCCACAACCCCAAGUAGCCCUUCCACACCGAACUCCAUCAAUCCUAAAUAUUCCUUAUAAUAACUCGGGCGCACAAGCUGCGGUCGCCCCUGAAGCUCUACCGACAUAUAUUCUCCCCGCUGUAGAGACAAAACAAGAGCGCCGGAUGAAACGAAUGGAAGAGAUGAUGAAGGCCCUCCAGGGAAGUGACUCUCAUUACGACACGAGUUACUUGGACCUGAAUCUCUUUCCAGACAUGAGGUUGCCCCCAAAGAUCAAGAUUCCCGACUUCGACAAGUAUGACGGUACCACGGAUCCAAAGCCACAUCUACAAGGCUAUCGGAAUCGCAUGAUGCCAUACUGGGAAUAUGAGCAGUUCAUGAUUCAGACCUUUCAGGAAAGUUUGAAAGGAGCAGCACUCAGUUGGUUCACCUCUCUCAAAGCAGUAGACAUUCCAACUUGGGAUGAGCUUGCUAAGAAGUUCGUGUCCCAGUAUGGCUACAAUACUGGCAUAGCUCUGUCCUAUCUCGAGUUAAGUGUCAUGGAAAUGCAAGAGGAGCAAUCCUUUGAGGACUAUGCUACUCAAUGGCGUGUCAAGGCGGCCAAGCGCCGUCCUCCAAUUGACGAAGAAGAACAGAUCCAGAUCUUUCAUGAACCCUCAAGGGCGCAUACUACUCGCAUCUCCUGGGACACAUGCCGUCUUUUAACGCGAUGA